AGAAAACCACAAACCCUAGCCCUAGGGUUUAUUCCGUGGGAUCUUUUUCAUUUUGGCUAUGGCGGUCGUGAGCGCGGAUUUAGGGUGCUCGGCGACUCGCGAUCGCUGCGGCAGCUUCUGGGGAGAGAAAUGGAGGUCGGGAGAGAGGAUGCUGCUCAGAAAGUCGCUACGGAAUUAUUCGAGGAUUUCGGCUACAGCGUCGCUGGCAGUGAGAACAUUCAAGCACGAGAGGCCGAUCGUGGAUGUCGAGAUGAAUCGGCUCAUGACAACGGGAAGAUACGUCCAGUGGUAUCCUGGACAUAUUGCCAAAGCCGAGAGAGAUCUCAAGGAACAGCUCCUUCUAGUCGACGUUGUUGUGGAGCUAAGAGAUGCGAGGAUACCUUCCGCCACUGGUCAUCCCGACCUUGAGAAAUGGAUCCGUGGAAAAAAGAGGAUACUGGUUCUCAAUCGCGAAGACAUGAUCUCUACCGCGGAUAGAAACGCUUGGGCUUCAUACUUUGCUUCGAAAGACAUGCCUGUCAUAUUUACAAAUGGCCAGCAAGGAAAGGGGAUUAUGAAACUCACUCGACAAGCCGGCUCUGUGGCUUCUACCAUAAAUUCGAAGCGAAGGGAUAAAGGUCUUCUUCCUCGCUCGGUCAGAGUAGCAGUCGUUGGUUUUCCCAAUAUCGGCAAGUCUUCCAUCAUCAAUCGGCUCUUGAAACGCAAAAUAUGUGAAGCUGCACCACGGCCUGGUGUAACCCGUCAGCUAAGGUGGUCGACGAUUCACGAUGGUCUAGACCUUUUAGAUUCGCCUGGGAUCCUACCUAUGAAGUUCGACGAUCAGGCUGCAGCGGUGAAGCUCGCGAUAUGCAAUGACAUCGGACAAGAAUCAUACGAAGUUUCAGGAGUUGCUGCGGUGCUUGUCGAGAGAUUGAAGCGUUUGCCAGCAGCAGGAGCCAAGGUGCUGACCUCUCGCUACAGAGUAGACGCGGAAGAUUGCUCGGGAGAAUAUUAUCUUGAGCUCGUGGCGCAAAAGCUGUUUCAAGGCGAUGUCAAUCAGGCCGCAACCAGAUUGCUUCUGGAUUUUCGAAGGGGUAAGUUUGGGUGGUUUGCUCUAGAGAGUCCUCCGAGUUCUUGAUUGUCACCUUGUAGUAUAUAGCUCAAGAAUAUGGUUCUUGUGUACAGCAAAUUGAGUUCUACUCUUUUCUUAUCA